AUGGAAGCCUGUCCGUCUAAAACCAUAGGAGCUGCAUCUCAGAAUCUCGUUCUCUUCGAUCUUAUUCUUUAUCAACUGAAAUACCAUUUUCUCCCGAAAAAUUGUAACUUCGAACCUCGAUGUGACAACCCUGCUUCAUUCAUCGAACGUUUCAGUGAUUUUUUUUGCAAAAUCCCUAAAAGGGAGGGACCUGCUACCUUUUGCAUUACCUUGUUCCAGGCCGAGAAACUUCGAGACGGUCCUGAUAACCUACUUCCUAUUCUUGUGAACAUGGACUUCUUGGUGCGCGAGCAUAUGCGCCUCAUGUAUCCUAGCAUCAAACCUCCGUACAUCGUCACUUUACUCAUUACCUCGUGUUCGUGGGACAAAUUUUAUUCUGGCACAUUUGCCACAGAGCCCACGUGCCUUUAUUUGAAGGCUUACACGCGGGAGCAGUUGAUGCAGAUCCUCACCAACGCUGCACCUGCUAACUUUCCUCACUAUGCCCGAUUCAUUGACAUUCUUCUCACCGUGUGUUUGCCCGUGACAAGAAAUGUAAAUGAACUGCUUUAUUUAGCACAAUAUAAUUGGGGAGCAUUCAAUGAGCCUGUAGCUACCGGCAUGGUGGCAGCGGAUGACGAGUGGGGCCAGUAUCGUUGUGCAUUGCCAACACUUAAGCGUUCGUUAUCGACUAUUUAUCUUCGACCGGAAUUGAGUUCCUUCGAUUCUUCAAAGUCCCAUAGCGGAACCGCUGUGGGAACGCAAUCACAACCAGCACAAGCGAAUGCCAGCGUGCUUGAACUCCCACUAUACGCACGUUAUCUCUUAGUUGCUGCAUAUAUUGCUUCUUACAAUCCCAGAACCUCAGAUAAGCGGUUUCUCGUUAAGAAUACCGGUAAAAUUUCGUCCAGGGCUAAGCAUAAUGAGAAAAAGGCAGACCACAUUAACAAUCAUCUUGUUGGGCCGCGUCUUUUUCCACUCGAUCGGCUCUUUGCCAUUUUCUACGCCCUCCUCCGCCUCGAGAGUGACACCGACCAGCCACCGCCGUUAACGAGUCUUCUCGUGGGUCAGGUUGCCUUCCUCUCCGACCUGGGGCUGAUUGCGGCUGCGUCGGGGGCCUUGGCAACAGGCACAGCCGCGUGCAGCGCCGCCGGCCUGCCUGGUGCCUAUAGCAACCCCGACGACCCCCUCGCGAACCCGCGCUACCGAUGCCUCGUCACCCUGGAGACUGCGCGGUCAGUCGCCAAGUCGGUGAACAUCAACCUCAACCAGCACCUGCUCGACUUUGUCUGA